AUGAAGGCGUUAAAGUGGGACUUUUACAGUCGUUACCUGGAUCGCAAGCAGAAGCUGGGGCCUCCAGGUCAACCUCAACAGCUGCCUAUUUCCUCAGGACUAGCGGCCUCCAAUAUUCGGGCAGGCCUUCGACCUAUCAGUACAAAUAUUAGCUCUCCUGCAAUGGUGCGAUUUGCCCAUUUGACUCUAACUUUUCUUGCCUUUGGAUCCUUGUUUUUGCGUUCUACUCUUUUUUGGCUAUUGCUUCUUCUAAAACGAUUUUAUUCUUUGGCACUUUUGCCACCUUUAAUGAGCCACUCAGUAUAUCUUGUUCCACGUGGAAAUCUGAAUCACAUCCAGCCGGCAUCUCAACCAAACCUUCUCCACGCAAGGAGCCUUACAAACGCGCAAUCAAUUGCUCAAGGAAAUGGUAUAGCUGGAGUUCCAGCUCCCAGUCGUCCAUUUUCCUCCACAAUUAAUAACGUUGCAGUUCCUCCUAUCAACGACUUACCUGUGGUUAAAUUCAUUAAACAACUAAUGGAGCUCUCUCAGAAGAGCACUCCUGCUGGCACCCAAGACACUAUUAUCAAGCUUGUCCAACGGCUUAUCGACGAUGAAAUUGACUGUGAUAGCUUUUGUACCCAACUAUGUGCCAGCCUGAAAAGUGUCAAUAAGAGGACGGACGUGGAAUCAUUGCUGAAGAACAAUAUUGUACAGCUUCGCAGGGACCUUGCUAACGGUGUAUGUAGUCUGCCGCACAUCACUCCUCCUUCUCGACCUCCGCCUAGCACUCCUUCGACAACAGUCUUUGUCAGUCCAACCGCCAUCAUAAACUCUGUCUCGUCUACUUCGCAAAUUCUUCCGCGUCCUUCUGACGGUCUUCCCGCAAACGCAACUUUCCAGCUCUCCCCGGCCGCCACGGUAUCACUAAGUCCUGCCCUUCCCCGCUCUGCCACGCCACUUGUACAAAACUCUAUCUUCUCACCCCGAUCAAUCGCCACGUCAAUAGCCCCCUCGACACCGCACCCCAUACGUCCUCAAUUAAAGCCUUCUCAACCUCUACCUAUUCGUAUGAAAGCACCUGCCAGCUCUGCAGUGUUCCAACCUCUAUCUGGCGCCACCGCUAUUACUCCACAACGUGGCUCUCUCCUUCCUGGUGCAGCAGUGGUGCGUCCCAUCUAUCCCACCACGCCUCCUUCAGUGUCCUCAGUCGUCCCCUCCCCUGCACCUCCUGUCACCCCAAUAGUUUCAGCCCCGGGGGUCUCAACUGUUGCUGUUACUGCAACUCCUGCUGCCGCUUCACCAUCUCCGUCAAGUCAGAUGAACCAACCUUUCUUCCCAGUAUCCCAGAUAAGAAGUUACUUGGCCACCCAACUGUCACAGUCAUCCAUUGCAAUGAUUUCUGACGAGGCGAUUAAUUGCAUGGCGCACGGCUUAGAUGCCUUUUUGCGGAGUAUACUCGCUCGUGUCUCUGUGGUUGCUGGUCACAAGGCUGUGAAAUUGUCGGAAGACCCACAUCUCACGCAAGUGGAUUUUGCUAGAGAACAGUUAAACUACCUUCAGCGACUAGGCGAAUUCGAUAGACAGAAGCAGUCUGAACUGGAAAAGGAGUAUAUUUUGAAAGCUGCAAAGUCUCGAACACGGAGCGAGAACCCGGAUCAGGCUCGACUUCGGGAAAUGGCGCAUCAGCUAAAAAAUGAACAGUAUGAGCGUGAACGACAACAGCAAGCUAACCGGACGGCUUUGAACGCAAUUGGACUGCCAGCCAACCGAAGACCACGAACAUCUGCGAAUUCCUCUGCCAGUGAUCAUGGUAUGUCUACUAGUGCUAGUAUCACCACUACGGGUUCCUCCUCAUCUACCGCCCCUGCCGCCACCACUACCACAGCCGCUCCUCGCCUUUCUCUCAUCAAUUCCUCCGCCCCGCGUCUGCGUCUGGUCCAACCCUCCUCCUCAGCCUCCUCCAGCUCCGCUGCAGUGGUAGUCGGUGGUGGUCAGGUCACAGCUACUCCACGAUUCACCCUCGCGGCCUCGCUACGCACACGGCGUGCCGGACUGCGUGAAUUGCAAGUGGUUCUCAGCAAAGAUUCGCGUCUCUGUCGAUCUCGGGCAUUUUUUCGUUCCUAUUGGCGAUGA